AUGUUGCUUGAAAGCAUACUGACUGUCCCUCAAGCGGACCCCCUUUUCACCCCUCCUUCCUCCUACUCCCCACAGAAGACCCUCUCGAGAUUGGAUCCUCGAUUCGAUUCUGACGAUAUCCUAGACGAUAAUUUCUUCAGUAACAGCAUGGCCGGUACUGGCUCUCCAACACCAUUCAUCAAAGAAGAGACUGAAGACCUGCAUUUCAAUAACCCAAACCGCUUUAUGUCUCACAACGGGUUCGACAUGAACCAACAGUUCAACAACCAACAAUUCGGCGCCCACGAUAAUGUGGGUGGCAUCAACCCUUCUGACCUCACCAUGACCGGUAGCUUCAACAUGAACGGUCAAUUCGGUGGCUCUACUAGCUACAUUCCGGGAGGUGCUGGUAUUGCCGACGACGAACUUGCCGACUCAUUAGGCAAUCUUGACCAUCAGUCCGGCUUCAAUGGCUUCGGUCAAGACCAGGAUGGGUUCUUCCAAGGCCAUACGAAUGGCCAGGCAUCCGGGAACCCCAGUAUGCAGAUCUAUUCCAACACACCCGAUGAUCUUCCCAUCCAGAGCCCAUUCACUCAACCUCAAGCCUUCGAUUUCUCUCAAUAUCAAUCUACGCCGCAGCGGAUGGCCUUCCCUGCCUCCAUGGCUGGCAGGCUAGGUCGCCAGCAGAUGCCCGCCCCUAUGAGCCGGAACGGAUCAGACAAUCGCAGCCCAAUGUCUCCUAAGACUCCUUCUCUAGGAGUAGGAGGUCUCCAUCUGGGUACCCCUGAUUCGGGUAACUUCGCAUCUCAACCUAUCAUGACCAACAUGCAUCGACACCAGAAGAGUGCAUCCAGCCAGUGGGACAACACGCCUGGUAGUGCCCAUUCGUGGAUCGAUUCACCCACGCAGUCGCCGCACAAUGCUGCCUUGCAUCAUCACCAGCAGAUCUCAGAGGUCAUGCACUCUGGAAAGCACGCAUCUCUCCCUACCAAGGUUGACAUUGGACAGACGCAGGAUGCAAAGAAGCGUCGUCGACGCGAGUCACAUAACCUUGUCGAACGCCGCAGGAGAGACAAUAUAAACGAGCGCAUCCAUGAUCUGUCUCGUCUUGUCCCCCAGCAUCGACUUGAAGAUGAGAAGAUCCGAAAGCACAUCAACAACAACGGUCCUCUAUCUCCUACGUUGGGUGCGACUGGCAUGUCACCUCCACAAGCCACGUCACUGCUUGCUGGCGGUGGCCGACGAGCUGCCGGUGCCAUAACAACAGGCCUCCCAAUCGAGGACAAAGACAAGGGCCCUAACAAGGGUGACAUCCUGAAUGGCGCUGUCAGCUGGACCCGUGAUCUCAUGUGGAUGCUGUACAAGAAGCUCAAUGAGGUUGACGAGCUGAGUGCACGCCUUCAACAGGCUACGGGCGAGGAAUGGAACUCCGAAGAGACUGAGGAGGAGCGACGAAUGCGAACUGAGCUGGUCGAAGCCGUAGAAAGGAACGGUGCGGGCAACUUCAAGUACUCACGUGGGCCAGGCUCUGGCUUGCGAGUACCCAAACACACCAACCUUGCUGGGGAGCCUCUCAACCAGAUCUCACCACAAAGUCUGAGCCCUGGCAUGCAGAGCACCGGCAGUGGAUCGAACUCCGCAAGCAACAAUAACAACCAGCAAUACUGGAUGAGCCCGCAAGGCGGUAAUUCCAACGGCAAUUUCAGCUUGAAAGAGGAAGACGAGUAUGGCAUGGACAUGGGCUGA